AAAGAGUGGAUUCGAUUAAAGUCAAUUCAGCGUAUUCUAUCCCAUCUUUUUAUCUCACAAUGGCUGCUGAUCAUGUUGCAGGUCAUCCAAUCGCAAUCCGCGUUGGUGGUCGUCGAAUGAGUCAAAGCAAUCCCAUUCGCAGUCCUACCAAGACACAACAAACCCCUUCCUCCUCCUUGGAAUCAAAUGAUGCAGGCGAAGGUGGUGUAAAUACGGUUGAAGUGCCCGAUUAUCCUCGUCCACGUUCACCAAAUUCAGCCAAGGCAAAUGCUACGAAUGCGAACGAGCCGGCUCCUACAGCCGAAGAGGCAGCCAAUGCCGCCAAUCAACAAACCUCAAACGGCAAUGGCAAUGGCAACGGCGGCGGCGGUAAUCGUCAAGAGCGUCGUCGUCAAGAACGUCGACGUGAAAAGAGUCACCGUGAUGGAGAAGAUACGAACAACAACAAUAACAGCAACACUUUAUCUUCUCAUAAUGAUGCAAUGUUUAAUCAUUUGAAUAAACGUAUCAAUGAUCGUAAUAUGCGUAAUGAUCCAAUGGGCGGAAGCAAAGGCGUUCGUAUCACUCAACCUGCGGGCAAAUUUAUGGCUUGAAAAUGCGAGGAAUUGUGCUUUUGUGUAGCGAAAGACUGUAUCAUGAUGACAAAGAAUUGAAUGAGUUUUAU